AUGAGCUCAGCAGCGGCCAGAAAGUCGCUGGGAACCAACGUGCACUACACAGAAAAGCUCGACGACGGCAGCAUCUUCGUGUCGCGCGUCCCCAAGACGAUGCCAGAGAUCAGCCUGGCGGACCUCCCUCCGCCCGUGCGCGAGUACAAGCCGGCGACAAGGAAGCCACUGACAGACGAGCUGAAGCAUGCGAUGUUCAAGCUGCGCAACGAGGAUCCGGCGCACUGGACUGUGUCAAAGCUGGCGAAGAAGUUUGAGGUUCCCGCGCAGGUCGUGCUGAUGCUUGCCCCGGCCCCCAAGUCGAGGAGGGAGGCUAUCCAGCGCCAGGCUGACAAGGAGUGGGAGAAGAUGGGCUACAAGAAGCGCUUGAUCAGACUCAACCGGUUGCCUGCUGAGUUGCGCGCCAAUUCUCAGCUGACGGCUAGAGAUUAA